AUUAUUUGUUGUUAUAUUAUGUAAAUAAUGUAGUGAUUGUGUAGUCUUUGGUUGUUAAAGUUAUUGAUAUUUUGAAAAAGUGGUUUUUAACCUUAUCCUUAAAGCUAAAUUAUUUUGUUUUUAAUAAAAAGAAAAAUCAGAUUUUGUAGUAUAGUAAAAUAUUGAACAGUCAAAAGAAUUUAGCAUACAUGAGCUUAGAUUUAGAGGAAGCUAACGAAACGCAGCAGCUUAUGCAGAAUGAAGGGGAAGAAGAAGACCAAAAAGUUUCACACCCUGCUACGUCCCCAGUUACUAGCAAUAAAUUAUCGAGUGGUGCGGUUAGUCAUACAUCGAAAAAUCCCCAAACAUUCACAAGUACCAACAACAGUAUAAAUGAUUCUGCUAAGGUAUCUUAUGUUAACGAGAGAAGAUUGCAUCGUGAUUUUCAGCGGACUAACAAUAAUAGACCCAAGCAUAUGCCCAAGGAGACCCCAGAUGUGAAGCAUAUGGAAAAAGCGUUGCUGGAACUGUUAGAUGAUUUUCAUACUGGCAAGCUUAGUGCUUUUGGUACGGGUUGCAGUAUGGAACAAAUGAUUAACAUAAGAGACCAGCAAGAACAUUUAGCAAGGUUACAUUUUCGUUUAUAUGGAGAUGCUGAGAAACCAACAGAGGACUGCUUUGAAAAUACGGCAUCAAAAGAUAAAAUGACUCAACUAGUCCAAAGCUUAGAGCAACUAUCAACUUCUAUAGAAAUGUUACAAUCUGAUAGUGUUCCAGCUUCAAAUAGUAGCAAUAAAGAAUAAUUAUUAUUACUCAAUUAUUUUCCAUAUACAAUUUGUUGUUUUAGUAAAAUGUAACUCAAUAAGAAUAUUUAUAUAAUAAGAAUAUUAUUUGAUUAAGUUUGUAUUCAAAAUACAUUACUACAAUUCACUAAUUUUUAGAGUAAAAAGAAGACAUUACAAUUCUAAAAAAAAAACAAUGUUAAAGUUGGUUUUGUGAAAAAAUAAAUAUGAUUCAUGUUGAAGAUAUUCUGUAUAUAUAUUGUGCCAUGAUCACAGGCUCUAAUAAUGACGAAGUGUAAACUUUGCCAUAUUUGGAACAAAUAUGAUGUACAUCUAUGUUUUAAUAAAUUAUAUAUUGUAGUUAGUA